GGCAUGGGAGGAGUUCGGUGAGGCCAUGGAGAAAGACUUCCGGACGACGUCGAGGAAAUUCUGGUCCACCACCGACGUCUCAGGAGGGGAAAGCAGUGCACCAUCAACACUGUGUAUAGUGGGGAUGGGGCGCUGCUGACCUCGACUCGGGACGUUGUGAGCCGGAGGGGAGAAUACUUCGAAGAUCUCCUCAAUUCCACCGACACGCCUUCCAAUGAGGGAGCAGAGUCUGGGUUCUCUGAGGCGGGCUCUCCUAUCUCUGGGGUUGAGGUCACCGAGGUGGUUAAAAAGCUCCUCGGUGGCAGGGGUAUUCUGACACCAGCAAACAAUGAAGUUAGAAUUCUUCAAUAUGCAGAUGACACAAAUUUGUUAGUCAGGGAUGUAGAGAGUCUAAAAAUGGCUCUCCAUGAACUGAAUGUUUACUGCCAGGCCUCUGGCGCAAAGAUAAAUACUAAUAAGACGACGAUGGCUGUGUUUGGUGCGUCGCAGGCUACUCCGAGCACCUGGGGUUUUCAUGAGGCCGGGAACAGCUACAAAGUUCUGGGAGUCUUGUUGGGUAAGCUUGCGGAGGUAUGUAAUAGGAAAACAUGGGAGAACAUUUUGAAUAAAAUAGAAAGUCAACUUAACGUAUGGAGGUUGAGAAAUCUAACCCUGAAAGGUAAAGUCCUCGUGAUAAACGCUUUGUGUAUUUCAAAGUUGGUACAUGCCCUGACUGUUACUGAUUUGCCUGGUGACAUUUUGAGUAAGCUAAAGGCAAUUUUCAGCCAUUUCUUGUGGAAGAGAGAAAAGGGUCUGGUGAGUCAUGCUACGUUGAUAGGGGAUCAUGGAGCAGGUGGUUUGGGGUUGAUUGACAUAUACACGAAGAAGAAAUCUUUAAGGCUAAAAAUCAUCAAAAAAUAUUUGGACUCUUCCUUCACAGCCCCGUGGAAGGACUUUGUUAUACCCACCCUGCGGGGGUUGGGGCAUUUUGGUGACUAUAACUUAUGUCAAAUGUUGCCGAGGUCAUUGUUCUCCGCCCUCGAUCCCUUUGAGAGGGAGGUUCUGGAGGGAUGGUGGUCACUCAGGCCAUGGGUGAGUGCAGAGCCAAAGUCGCUGCAACAAUCGCUGAAAGUUCCGCUGAGGUUCAACCCCGAUCUCAUGGGCGGAGGGCCAGGGAGUGGGGAGAGAAUGUUCAGCGAUACCUUUGAGAGGGCAGGAAUAAGUACGAUUGGGGAUUUAUUAGAUGGGAGCGGGAACUAUGACAUUGUCAGGGUUCGGACUCUGUUUCGGUCGCGGGGAGUCCUCUUCCGCAGAGCGGUUGUUUUGCGCUUGGCUGGAAGAAUCAGGGAAUCCAUACUCCGGAAUUGGGGGUCUUUUCUGGAGGGUUCAUCCUCUGGAGGGGACCCGGGGGCGGAGCGGGAUGUCGGUUUUGUGCUGGUCGACGGGACAAGGUUUUUUGGUUUGUCGGAGUGUAGCACAAAACGAAUUUACAGGAUUUUGAUCGUCGGAGCGUUCCGGAGACCUGCAGUGGAACGCACAUGGGCACGGACGUUCCCUGCACUGACCAUUACAUCCAUCUGGGCCAACAUGUUCAAUUGGUAUACCGCACCAAAGAGACUGUAUGGUGUGUAAAGAGGCACCCGAGGACUACGAACAUCUUGUCCUCGGGUGCAGAGCCGUCCGUGAGUUCCGUUCUAGGUUGGAGGAUCUCCUCGCAAGGAGGCUGGGCCUGAGGCUUCCCCCCCCCCCCCCCCGGUGGCACGUGAGGCUGGUGAUCAUAAUGUCGGGUUUUUCCUUUUUGGUUUCGUCUCAUCAUCUUUCUCGUCAUCAGUAUCAUUGCAGGCCAUCAAUAGACCAGCCAUCCGGUUACUUCUGGCCAUUGCUCGUCACACUGUCAUCGUCACGAGGAAUAUCUACUUGCAUGACAAGGGCACCGGCGAUCAUUGGGCGAUCUUCAAGGCUCAAGUUGAAUCCCACUUUACUCUCCUACAUGCCUUCUCUGCCAGCCGUUUUGUGGACUGUAUCGCAAAAAACAAUGGCCUUGUGAGAGUUUCACAGACUGGU